CCAGCAACGGGUUCCCAGCGGCGAGCGCUGAGCGACGCCUCAGAGUGAGAGAUGGCUCUCUCACUCUUCUCGCCUGCUCUGGUCACCGCACGCCUUUCUGCCCGAAACCCUGUGCUGGCCGUCGCUACUUCUCACCUCCCCAGUCGAAACCCUGACCUCCUCCUCGAAUCACCCUCCUCCUACUCCGCUCCCACUGCCCUCCAAUGCCCGCAUUUCCAAUCGUGCUCGGGUUGCUCCUACGAGUGGAAUUUGGACCAGCCGCCGGUGCUCCAAGAGGUGAGCAAGUUCUUCAGGGACCACGGCAUCCAAGAUUUCACCUUUGACAGCGGUAGGCUGUGGGAAUGGAGAUGUCGGGCAAAACUAGCUGUUCGUGGAACACCAGAAAGUCCGCUGAUUGGUCUAUAUCAAGAGGGAACACACAAUAUUGUGGAUAUUCCACUAUGCAGAGCACAUCAUCCUCGCAUUAAUGCUGCAGUUGAACUCCUAAAACAAGGUAUUUCUAAGCUGAAUAUUCAGCCAUAUGAUGAAGAUGCGGGUACAGGUGAUCUGCGGUAUGUACAGAUGGCUGUGACAACAUAUAACACAUCCCUACCAGUUGCUGAACGAUACCAGAAAGGGAAAGUACAGUUUUCAUUGGUUUGGAAUUCAAGAAAUGAGCACUCAGAGAAUUCUAAUAAGUUGCAUGCUUUGUCGAAUUUCUUGUGGAGAAUUGGUGGACCAAACAGUAACACGCAUUUAAUCCACUCUAUAUGGGCUAAUUUUCAGACAUCAACUAGCAAUAUAAUCUUCGGUAACAGGUGGAGACAUCUCCUGGGAGAAAGAGAUUUCUGGGAACAUAUUGGAGGUGUUGAUAUCUCCUUGGAUCCAUCAAGCUUUGGCCAGGCAAAUACACUGGCUUUUAAUUCCUUAAUAAGGAAAUUGCAGAAGUAUGUUCCCUAUGGAUCAUCUGUUGUUGAUUUGUAUGCGGGGGCUGGAAUCAUUGGAUUGUCUGUAUGUGCCACUAGGAAAUGUAGGUCUGUGAAAUGUGUUGAGAUCAACAAAGAGUCUAAAGUAUCUUUUGAAAAGUCAGUAAGCCGUCUACCAAAAACUAUAGAUUGCAGUAUCAGUUGGCACAACACAGAUGCUUCAGUUGAACCCCUUUACUGGCUUGAGGGGUCAGAAGUUGUUGUUGUAGAUCCUCCCAGAAAAGGACUGCACCCAUCCCUGAUUGAUGCUUUAUGCAAUGUUGCAUUGUCUGAUCAUAAGAGUAACGAGGCACCCAGAGGUUCCAUCCAGAAAGUGAAAGAUGAAAAGCGGCCAUGGAUUCUACGUUCAAGGGAAGCUUCUGUUCGCGUAGACAGCAAAACAGCUUGGGAGAAAAGUCAAACAUUCGCUGAGACUCUUAUUUAUAUUAGUUGCGGAUGGGAGAGCUUUAAAGAGGAUUGCAGGGCUUUGCUAUCUAGUAAGGCUUGGCAUUUGGAAAAGGCUCAUGCUUUCAACUUGUUUCCCGGCACUGAGAGCAUUGAAGUUCUAGGUGUGUUCAAACGUGGUCCACGGGUUGGCCAAAAGAAAAAGAAAAGAGGAAAAACGAAGAGAAACAAGUGAGGCAAUAGCGUACUAACUGCAACCAUGCAAAGUAUUUCACUGAAUGAUGACAAGAGUUCUAGUGGUUCUCAUUCUUGUCCUACUUGCUAGAUCAGGGAAGGCAGCUGAAAUGUCAUGCGCUCUGAGAUCCUGUGUUCUCAACCAGUACAUCUGGCUAUUGACAAGUUCAAAAAUAAGAGAACACACAAAGAAAAGGUUAAAACCAAAGGAAGAUACAUGGAACAACUCAGAAGAAUCACGAUAUCUCUCCAUAUCUGAUUGUGGUAACUGGUGUAUUUUGUAAAGAUGAGCAAUAGAGUGCACUCCUUGUUUCCUAUUGUAUCAAAAAAAAAUUCUGGACAAAAAGAACAAGAUACUAUAUAAAAAAAAUUCUUGAAUGAUAUGCUGACAUGCCCGAAUUCCUUUAAGAAAGGAGCUCAAUUACAUAUGUUAAUCUCUCUUUUCGGUACAAUAUGUAUAUAAUUUAGUUCCAUAUUUUUUAUUAAAAAAGAUGUGCAAAUAAAGCAAAUGUUACCAGGCAUUUUUGCUAGACGGUAUUACUGCAUUUCUGAAAAUUUCAUGAUUUUUAUUGUA